UCAAAUGACGUGUCCGUGAGAAUUGGAUUAGUUAAGAAAAUAGCCAGAGCAUUUGGAGACCGAAAUGCAAGAAAUGUCAUGGUGGUCGAAAUGUUCCCGGGAUCGUUGAUUCUGGGGUGGUUCAACUUGAGUUUAGUUAAAAGUGACUGUCCUAUGGAGAAAUUGAGA